UGUGAAUAUGUGAAUGUAUUAGCAUCUCCUUAAAUAAUUGCCACUGUCAUACAAGAAGCAGUAUUGUUCAUUUGCAGUCUGUCAUGACAAUGUGUUCAACCAUUGUGCUGUUUGUGUUUGAAGGUCUAAGGAAAUAAUAUCUUGCUUGGAAAUAGGCAAGAGUUGAUAACAGGAAGAACGUCCAGCCAUAGAAAAUCCAAUUCAAAAAAUUUCAUCUGAUCCAUGCAAGCAUGAAAAGGUGGAUGUUAAAACAACAUUGAUGAUAAUGACAAUGAUGACAACACUGCUGCUGCCAAUGAUGAAGAUAAAGAGGAGGAUAUUGACCAAUUUCGUAAUGGGAACCAAGUCAUCUGUGUGUAUAAGAUCCAGGGGGUCUCCUUUCCUAAACUCCUGCACUUUUUCUCAAGAUCUACAAGUAAUUGAAAGGUGAUUAGAAUAGAACUCUAGUGUUUAUUAUACUGCAGAAUGUAGGAUUAUGUCAAAGGGUUUUUCUUGAAUUUUAACAAUAAGAAGUACAGUUCUUAACUAAGAACAUUUGUCAAACCAGAAGACUAACAUCACUUUUUCUACAUCCUUCUUUAAAUUCAAGCUGAUUCUGUUCAGUAUUAGUUUAAUGAUUACUUUCAAAACAAGGUCUAUCAGUUUGAGAUCUCUCUAAGAUGAUGUUUUACCAUCACUGAGAACAACAUCUUCCUGUGCUACCUAAUUAACUAGAUUAAUUCCUGUGAUCAGAAUGUGAUGCGUUGUUGUGAUAUCCUUGAGUUAAAUGCCCUCAUUCAACAGGAACUCUUCAAGUUGCUGAAUCAAUCUGCUGCCGAAGGUGGACUUUAUGGUGGAGCAGCUGCUAUAAAAACAAAGUUUCUUCCUUGGUUAUCCCAUGAUUUAAUUUCUGGUAAUCGAAUGUUACUUCCUUCCUUUGGAAUGCAACUGAAAGACCAUCAAUUAACUUAUCAGGAUAAAGAAGAUGAAUUAAGAACUAUUCAAGCAGAGAAUGCUGCUUCUCAGGACAAAGCUAAGCUGAUUGUGCCACAAGCAUCUUUGAGUGCAGUGCAAGAACUUCAACAGGACCAAGUUGUGCAACGUUUUAAGGAAAUGUAUUACACAGACAGAAUGGAUGCCAUGAACAUAUUGAAACUUUAUUGUGAUGAUCAAAUUAAAGUAGAAAAAAUAAUCUUUACUGUUUUUCAGAAAGCCUGUUCAGCAGGACGAUUUAGCCUUCAUCAAUAUAAAACCAAACUUCGAGAUUUUUUUGAUGGUAAAUAUGACAGCCCUCAGUCAAAGGAGCAAUUGAUUCAAGAGUUUAUCUUCAGACUUGCUGGCCCUUAUGAUUUGAGAGCUAUUGUAACUGAUGUUAUUGAAGAUGUGGAUUCAUCCUUAAACUACUUACUUCCAAGUGACUGCAGUAUUUCAGUAAUUCAGUCAUUUAUCCGUGAAGCAUGUAAACUAGGUUGGAAUAUGGCUUGCCUGGUUAUUCCCAUUGACAUUGACCUUGGAAUUGAAACAGUUUUUGAUCCAGUGAAAUAUCGCCGUAGUGUCAAUUCAGAUUACAGAAGUCGCAUAAUCAGUCACUAUAUAUGGCCAUGUCUUUUCCUUGGUUCUUCUUUGGCCAGUAACCGGAAAGUUAUUUACCAAGGUGAAGCUGAAACUCGUAGUACAGUUGAUCAGAGAAAUUACAGCAGUAGAAGUUUGUUGCCUAAGCAAAGAUCAGGUAAAUGAGACAAGUGGAAAUUCAAUCCAGGACAUCAAAAACACAUGUACAUUAGAAUGACACUAGACUGCUGUAAAACAAAUAAUUCCAAAAAGUAGCAGACCAAGUAAAGCAGAUAAUUAUCAAAAUGUUAUUUCUUUUAUUAAUUUUGGUCAUAUUCUUUUAUUAUUUUCUAAAUCUUAGUAUUAGUAGUACAUGUAGGAAUUUAACAUAUAUAUAUAUAUAUAUAAUUUAUUAGGUAUAUGAAAUAUAAAUAGUUGAGCUCUUGGAGAUUUUGUGAUGAGGGAGUAUUUAAUACUUGAGAUAACAGAAAUGGCUGUGCCAGACUAAAAAUGCUUUACUGUAGUUUUUAUCCCUCUAUUCAAUUCUCAAUUUUAUUUUACUAUUUUUGAAAAAGGUAUGAACAUGCUAAUCUAAUUCUAUAGUCACUAUCAAACUGCAAACUUAGACUGUCCCGUUGAUAUUACAAUAUUACAUCCACAGUAUAACCAAAAGAGUAGAAUUCUCACUAUAAGCACUGCUUAUCUAGGAGGAAUACUACAUGCCAAAAAUGAGUAUGCUCUAAUUUCCUCUUAUAUGAAACAAAUGCAACUAUUGCUAAUACUCUCUUUUUCAACUAAGUUAAUUCUUCCUUUUUGGACAGCCUUUCUCAUUAUCUCUAUAUUGUUGUGUUAAUUAGAUGUUUUGUGAUCAGCCCCAGUCACCAUUCUUCAGAUUUAUGAGGCUCAUACUUUACUAUUAUAUAACACUGGGCUGCAUUUUAAAGUAGAAACUUUUUGCUUUUGCCAUGAAAGGCAUCUAUCUUAUCUAAUUUGGGGUUGUUGAUUUCAAACUGUUAAAUGUUAGCAAUAAAAAAGUACAUGUAUUAGAAGUUAUAAUUAUCUUGUGCUAGUACAGUCAUUUUAGCUGUUUUAUGGGAAGAAUAUAAUCCCUUUUGGCAACAUUGAGGUACAUAUUUUAGGCUAAUAUGUAUAAAAAUUAGAUACUUUAUAAAAUGUUGCACUAUCCACCCAUGAAAUCUGUCAAUAAAAUACAUCAGUAUCACUGAAAUAACACAAUAAUAAAUAGUGCUACAUUCUCCAAAGAAAUGCAUUUUCCAGUCAACAAAUUUCAUCCAUUUCGUGUUGAGUUUAUAUCUGAUGAUGUAGAGUUAGUAUGAAAACAAAGCUAGUUUGUUUAAAGCAGCAGCUUUCUUUUCUUGGAUUCUUAGACAUAGUCACUUCUAUUAUGUUUCCUUAUUAGGCAUCUACAAUAGUUUGCCAUCAUGUUCAAAUUCCACCACCACUGGUAUCUUUCUGUGUCUUAGUGAAAUGCAAAGAGUGUUUCCACCAACAGCUCCUUAACUGGCAGUUUAAAUAGCUGUUGAGGAAAUGCACUUUGAUAUUCAAACUACAUCCUCACUUCUGGAAAAGAAAAAGGAACUAAUUCACCUGAUAUUCAUAGAUUUUGUAUCUUUUGUUGCACAAAGGGUCAUCCACAUCUGUUGAUGUUAUCUAGGAAUUUUUUCUCAAUAGGUUUAAGUAAACUUGUAAAUAGCUCAUCUUUGAUCAAUACUUUAUAUUAGACCUGUCUAAGAUACUUGCUUUCAAUUUCUUUCAACUUAAAGUAGGAAAUUCUCCAUGUAAAUAUUUGGAAAAAGAAAUCUAAACUUUAUCAAAUUGUUUCGUGAAACCCAGCAAGAUGUUUUCCAGCUUUAAAAAAUCUUUUUUCCCAACCAUUCCUUUCUUACACAGUGAUCUUGAGUUUGUCUCAUAAACACAAACAACAAAGAAAUUUAGUGUAAUUGCUUUUCAAUUGAGCAGCUUGUAAACCACUUUCAGAUUUCUACAUGUUUUUUAAACAAUUUGCACACGCAAGUGCUACCAUCAAGAACUCCGCAUGCCAUUUUGGAGCUUGCCUCUUGACAGCAUCACUGCGCACCUCACUAAUAUGAGGUCCUACUUACUAGAUCAACUGGUUAUUAAAUACAGCUCAAUGUUCCUCUAGCCAUCGCUCAUCGUCUCUUUUUAACCAAAUCCAGUGACUAGCCUUCUCCACUGUAGUUUGGAUAUCGGUCAUGGUGGUAUUUACUUUACGAUGAGUUAGGCCUAACGAUAACAGGUAUUUGAAGUAUUUGAGCUUUUUCAAUACAACUUUCAUGGUUUCAUAACUUCCUUUUAAUUGUAUUGAGUGACAAGCUGGUACAGAAUUAAAUACAUUUCCAUUGCUCCACAAAACACAUUAAACUGGCCUUUGAGCUGUCAAUGAAAAGUUACUAGUUGCUUGAUUCAUAUUACCAUCACAUUUAACAAACCAUUAAUAUCAUUACAAUAAAUAAUGUCAUCUUCCAUACUAGAGAACUGCAACAGAUUUUUUUUCUCUAUGUUAACAAAAACUUCAGCAUGGAUCCCAAUAAUUCUGCUGAAGUCUUUAAAUUAUGUCCUAACUUAAUUCGAGUAACUAUGUUUCAGCAGAUUACAUGCAACACUCAAAUUGAUGACAUCUAACUUAUAGCAAGAACAGGUACUCUGACAUAAUAAAGUACAAUUCUAAUGGCAAGUUUGAGUAAUCUGUCUACAAAUUAGUCCUGAGGUUAUGUCCAGAAAUAUCAACCAUACAAAAAUAGCAAUCUUCAUGAUGAUUUGUCAGUUCUAGUCCAGUCCAUUAGCACACUGAAGUUCAUUCUUUUAAACUUUUACCUUUGGUCCAUUGCCUCAGAUGUAUGAAGCAAACUGACAAAGUGAGAAGCCUUGGUUUGUUUUGACUACUCAAUUUCACUCAAAAAUACAUGAAUACAAUAUAAAAUUUAAUUUUCAAUAGGUCUAAGUAUUAGAAGAUCCAAGCAGAAGUAAAUAAGGAAACGUGUCUUGAAUUGAGUUAGCCAACGUGGGAAAACUAAGAAACCAACAUUUAGAACUGUUCUACUCCUGCAACUGUUCAAAGUUUACAGGUUAUUCUUUUCAAGGGGUUUACGACCAUUCUCAGCAGUUAUGAGUUGAAACUUUCUCUUUCAAAAAGCUUUGUCAGAUACUCUUUGUUUUAGGGAGUUAAUCUGGAAAACAUUUUCUUGAACUACUCUGUAUUAUAUGCUUUAUAGUUGAUGUAACUAUUUGUCUUUAUUACCUAGCAAUUGUUCUUUGAUUCUUUCAUUGUAAUAUAGCAACUAAACAGUUGUAGCAUAUAGGCUUUGUAAGAUAUUACUUGAAUUUUAAAUGAAUAGAAUGGGUUGAAAUGAAUUAAUACCAACUAAUUUUUUUAAAUGCCAAUAACACUGGUCAACACAUUUUUUGCUGACUUCAGUUUUAUGAUUGUUUUUAGUUAAUUUUGAGAUGCUGAUUCCAAAUAUGGUACCCAUUUUCCCACCUAACACAUCAGGCUUGCAUUCUAUAGCAUACCUCUAUUUUUUGAUGUACUGUAUAAAUUAUUUACUUGGGUCAGGAUAGUUUACUAAGUCUUAUAGCUUCAAACCAUAAGUUAUAAAUGGGAAAUGGAAGAUAGCAUCACCUUUUACAAAAUACUUUGUUAAUUUUCUAAUAUGAUGGAUAAAGCACAAACCAUCAUACAUAUAUCUUCAUAUUCAUGGAACAAAUUUUCACUUGGAGUAUUUCAUGUCUACAUAGUCUCUUUGAAUACUCCAACAGUAGUCUGCUGUCACAUGUGUGUUCCAUUGGCCUUGAUAUCUCUCCGCUUGAUGAAAACGCUCACCAUGCUCAUCACUCGUGUCUCCAAGAUUAGCAGGAAAUCCACUGAGAUGGCUAUUGAGGAAAUGAAGCUUUAUGCUCAUGUUGCAGCCUGAAAGAUGAAUCCUUGUAGUUUUCAACCUUUUCACUGCCCUCAAAAUCCUUUCCCAACAGUCACAAAUGAAUCCCAUGUUCUUUUUUUCUAUGUCAGCCAUCAAGCUUGCAAAAUUCUGGCAUUUUGUUAACUUUCUGAUCUGUGGCCCAUCAAAAACACCAGCAAAUGUACAUAUGAAUUUGAAACAGUUACCUUCCACAUUAAGAGCUUUGACAAAUUAUUUCAUUAGUUCUAGUUUAAUAUGAAGGGGUGAAAAGAUGAUUUUCUUUUGUUCAACAAAUGGUUGGUGUAUGAUAUUCUUUUCCCCAACAAUCAAACUUCCUAACUGGCCAGAGUUUAUAUUCCCAAUGUUUGUCUCUCACUUGGCUAUCUCAUAAACACAGGAAACACAGAUAUUUUGUAUACCCUCCGUGUUGACCAAGUAAAAAGUUGACCAUUUUAAGAUCCACACGUGACCCAUUUGUGUUCAUCAUACUUAAGUAAAUUUAAUACAUCUUUUAUGUGAUCAUAAUUCUCUUUUAAGUGUAAAGAGUGACCAAUAGGAAGUGGACCAAACAAGUUUCCAUAUAGAGUAAUACACAUUUUAGAGUUCAUUGAACUAUCUAUAAAAAGCCUCCAUUCACUAGGAUCAUAUGGUUCAACACCCAACACAUUUAACAGUCCUUCCACGUCACAACAGUAAACAAAAUUGUUUCCAAUUGUAAAGAAUAUCAAGAGAACCUUUUCCUUGUUCUGAUAAAAAGUCACGUUUUUUUUCUUUCUGCAACAAAUUCUUCUCUUUAAACCUAGAAGCUAACAGUUCUGAUAACCCUUUUGACACUCCUAGAUCUAACUAAAUGAUUAAGUUCUGCCUGGUUGAAGUUUCCAUGUUCCUUGGUUGAAUGUUUCUACAAAGUCUGUAUCACUGUCAUCUUUAUGAUUGUCAUCUACUUCACAUAUAUCACUUUCACUUUGCACUCAAGGCAGAUCCUUGAAAGCAAGUACUGGUAUUCCAUUUGAGUGAAGCACUGGAUGAAUUGCUGAAUCCAGAUUUGGGUAACUUAUUUUCUGUCAUGUUCUGUUGCUAUAACAAGUCAUUGCGAGACAAAAGUAGCAAUUGUUUACAUGGUUCUUUGGCUCCCACCAUAUCAUAGGAAUGUCAAAUGUUAGUUGUUUCCUUGUGCCUUUUGUCCAUGGGUGUACAUUUUCGACAUAUGGUUUACAUACAUUGUGUGGGUCCACAAUUUAUCCUGAUCACCAACUUUAAUCUUUAAGCCAAGUAGGAUCUUCUCACCAUGUCAUUGACAUUCAUCCUUUGACUUGGUACUGUAAAACACCCACAUAUGUAACAAAAAGAGUCAGGGGAAUUCAAACAUUUCAAAAAUGAAGCUACAGAUGGGGCCAAUAUGGGCCAGCCCGUAGAAAAAAAAAACUAGACAUGAUACAAAAAAACUAUUGCCAUUUUAAAACUCAGUGAGCCCAAAUUACUCCAAAACCAGCUCAAACUUAGGUCAGCAGAUAAAAUGUUAGAAUUUCUUGGCCAGUGUAAUUGAUAAAUUCACAUCUCUACUAGGGUGAUGCUUAUUUGGAAUCAGUACCCUCAAAUUAGCUUCUCCACAAACUGCUUUCACCUACAAAGAAGCAAAAUUGUUACAGACCAGUGUAAUCUAAUCUAAUUUAUAAUAUAGUUUAUUUAAACUCAACUUAUAUAUUUCAUUUAUUGUCUCAGUUUAAAGGGAAAAAAAACCUUCAGAUUUAACAACUCAUAAUUUUUGUAUCUUCUUUCUUUUAGAUAGAUCUAGCUUCACAUGUUUAAUCUUGUUAAGGCUUAAUUUCUGGAUAUAUACUAGAUUUGUUGUCACUUUGAGAAGAUCAAAGUAGACUCAACUUUGUAUAUGACAGUAGAGAAAUUUGGUGCUUUCUUUUGAUGUACUCUCAGUAUGGACACUUUUCUUUAGUUAACUGCUUAGAGGAUAGCCAUUGCUUGUCUGCUAGCUGUAUGAACAUCCAAAUGUCUUAGCUCAACUUCUGCUUUAUAGCUAGUAAUAUUCAAAACUCCAUGUAAGAGGAGGAUCACCAAAAUAUUACUAUUGUUGCAAUGAUUUUAAGUGCCUAUAGCAGUGCUUAACCCUCUAAGGCCAAGUACAAAUAGCAAGUCUUUUCGUGUGGGACAAAAAAAAAAAAAAAAAGUGGCUGUGUGGUAAGUAGCUUGCUUACCAAC